CAAGCCCAAGAGCUAGCCCCAAUUAAGUCCAACCAGCAUAAGUUAGCCAUGGCAGCAUACAGUAUUACACAUACGGCUCUCCUGCGCACCCUAACAAGCAUCCUCUUUGCCUCCAGUUCCAUAUUGCUGGCGGUGCCGGCCGGCUCCGCGGAGUCCACCAGCAAGUCCGGAACCACCCACCGCUUCGAGCUCACCCACGUGGACGCCAAUGGCGGCUUCACCAGGGAGGAGCUCAUCCAGCGCUCCGAGGACAGGGCCAAGCUUCGAGCAGCGAUGCUAUCGUCAGGCUCAGGCUUGAAGACACACGCCAAAUACGUAGCCAGUGCCCGAUACACACCCCAAGAGUACCUGAUCAAACUUAAGAUCGGCAAGCCGCUGCAGAGCUUCGACGCCGUGGCCGACACCGGCAGCGAGCAUGUGUGGACGAGGAAGCUGGACAACUGCCGUUGCCAAGCAUCGUCCACCUUCGCCCGCUGGUCCUGCUCCCACCCCAACGUCUCGGCUCCUGGUCAUGAAAAACCCGACACAGUGUUGUGCAACUCCAAGUGCGAGCCCAAGAGCACCACUCCUAGUCCUUGGGCGUGCAAUAAGGAGGGCUCCAACGGGCCGUGCAUGUUCAAGAGGAACUACGGCGGCGGCAAUGUCUCGGGGUUCAUGGCUACCGAGAGGCUGACCAUGUCGCCGUCCUCGGAGCCCACCAAGAAGCACAUCAGCUUGGGCUGUGCCAUCGACUGGGCCGACGGGCUGAUACCGGAGUCCGCCGACGGGAUCGUCGGGCUUAACCGGGGUCCCAUGUCGCUCGUGAAGAAGCUCGAGGCCACAAACUUCGCCUACUGCCUCAGAGACCCGCUGGUCGCGCUCGACGAAGACGUGCCCAGCAGCCGACUCUUGUUCAACUACACGGAGGACCUCCUGGCGGACAGCGCUAGCGCUGUCCCCUUUCAGACCACGUCGCUGGUCGACGCCGUGGACGAGAAAGACAAACCCGUGGGGGCUUGGAUGUACCACGUGCAGCUAGAUGGCAUCUCUGUUGGCCAAAAUAUGAAGCACAGGUGGCUCCCCGAGGACAGCUUCAAACGGAGGAGCACAAAAGGUAAGAAUAAGGGGGUGAUGUUUGUAGAUUCGGGCACCUCCCAAACGAUCCUGGAGAAGGGUGUUUUCGACCAACUCUUGGAGCUGUUAAAGGCUCCGGAGAGUGGGCUGGAAACCGUGGAGUACAAGCUAGAGGAGAAGAAGAAGUGUUACCAGCUCAAGCCAUCUGCACCAGCUGACGGCCAGAGGGAGUGGCCAGAACUGGUACUCUACUUCCCGGGAGCCGAGAUGCGUCUGCCGAGGGCCAACUAUAUGGCCGAGAACGAGGCUGCAGGGCCGGAAGUGUCCUGCUUGACCAUCCAUGAGGAUGCGGAGCAGUCCAUCCUGGGCAACUUCCAGCAGCAGAACAUGCACAUGCUCUUUGACCUCGCUAAAGGUGAUGAGAAGCUCAAAUUUGCUCUGCACAAGGACUGCAGUAAGAUGUGAUCAACAACAUACAUGCAUAUCUUCUUAAGUACUAUAUAUGCACGUUAAAUAAAGCAUCUAUCAUAUAUAGAUGCGCGAGAUCGCGAGCUAAUUAAGAGGGAACGAUCGAUCACACCUCAAGUCAGUCGAUCAGUACGUAAAUGUGUCUGCAUGCGCGCGUGUAAAGCAAUACAUGUCUAUCUCUCUACUUAUAUGUAUACAUAAUUAAUGAGUACGACA